CACACUUCCAGAUGGUGAGAUCGAAACAUGGAUACAUUAUCGAGGAAUUGCAGCAAAAGAAACAACUGUUGGGUCCAAAUCCGGCAAGGAGCUGACUCUUCGCCAGGUUUCGGAUGGCAGACAUUUCAUCCAAAUGAUUUACGAUGGAAGUGGUAGUUUAAAGGAUUGUGAAUUUGUCGAAGACAGACGCUACGUUCGCGCAUUUCGAAACAAAUUCAGAACAAACACUCGCCAUAUUAUCGCCAAUUCUAGCGCCAUCGCGCAUCGAACAAUAAGCACUAAUGUAACGAUUCCUAAAGACGUUAAGAAGUGGUUAGAUUAUCCCCGAAUGAAGGGUCUUUGCAAGCAGAACCAUAAGAAACUGAAGGAGGAACUGAUUAGUGAUCGAAGAAGAAAUGGAAUGACUUUGAGUACAAGGACUAGGAGGGACAUGUCGUACUUGUUCCAAAUCCCAGGAACCCAAUGGUGCGGUAAGGGUUACAGGGCUACCAAAUACACGCAUUUGGGAAGUUUUUCGAAGACUGAUAGGUGCUGUCGAAGGCACGAUACUUCAUGCCCAUACUGGAUUUCCGCCUACGAGACCAAAUAUGGGCUCUUCAACUGGAGGCUUAACACCAUUAUGCACUGCAGCUGUGAUGAACGUUUCCGAGCCUGUUUGAAAAUGGCUGACACCAGCGAUGCCAAUUUCGUUGGAAAACUUUUCUUCAACAUAGUCCAGACGAAAUGUUUCGUCCUUAAAGUGAAAAAGUUAACAUUACAGUACAUCUUUAAUACGUCUGAUUUAAGAAACUUGCAAACCCAGAGGCGUAUUCAGGAACAACUCUUGGUGAUGAAAAAUUGUUUUUUUACAUGAAGUAUCUGGAAUGAGUUUUAUUUAAAGGCCGAUUUUUUUACAAACUUGAGUCGCUCAAAUUCAGUGUCAUUUUUGUAUAUUUCUUUUGAAGUUAUUUUUUAUUUUUGUUAGACAAAUAUAAUCCAAUUUUUCUCAUUCAAAACUACUAAACUGUAGAGCUUUUGGUAGGGGAAAAUUUCCAACCCCCUACCCUUGAAUCCGCUACUGGUAAACCUAGUAUAGUUCUUGAAUUAUGACUUGGCAGUGUUUGCUGAUGGUCUUUAUCACAAAAAGGCAACGAGGAACAAUAAAAACUACCUGUUGAGUAACUAAGUUGUGGUUGCAGUUGUACAUGCGAAUUAACAAAAAUUCAUCAAGUAAAAUUUGGAAGAAAGUCAACGUAUACAAGUUUUAUAUUCAAAAUUUGUCAUUUGUUUUCAAGAAGUUCGAUCCUGUAUCGUACAAAAUAACCAGAAGAAGGUCGAUUUGUCAUCCGCUCUUAUAAUUUUCGACCCUUAUAAUAAUUAACGAGUAUUAAUACAGGUGGGACGGAGGAAGCUGGCGGGAAUCUUCAAAUGGCGUGCAUGAGUGGAGGCAAAAGUAGGCAGUUUUAAGUAUAAUAAUUACAGCCCUCUUUCUUUAGUAUCCUUAUCAGGGGCGUAGAUUAAAUAUUUAAAAGCAAAGAUAAAUUUGCAAAAUUAAAUUAAAAAAUUAACUUAUU